CGUCGAUAGGGAGUGAAUACGUGGCUGUUUGCGACCUAGCACCGAUUUAACCGAUUCACAAACACAGAUAGACGUCCAUACCACCUAGCAUGCUACCGGACGUCUAGCCGGGCGAAAGCUUACUGGGGAGUAAUGGCCAGUUUGUCACUCGGGUUACCAUCGGUUUAUUUAGGCUUCAGGUCGCAGACCGAUGGUCAAUAGACACUGGCGGUUAACAGACCGCAUGGUCACCAGUGUCGGACUAAUUGGUUACCUUGCAGUGACCGCUUGGUUACCGUGCAGUGACUGCUUGGCUACCGUGCUCCGGCCCAGGCCCGCCGCCCAGCUGCCGCCCAGGCCCGCCGUGGCGAACAUUACGAACCGGUGUCACCACAUGCAAUGCUACCUGGGCGCACCCGAGUCGGGGCAAGCCGCCACAGGCACCCAGGCAUGUCACUGGUUGUUCUGAGGCUGCGAUUCGGGCUUGCACCGCAAGGCAGGUUGCGCAGGCGCGUGGGCGCCGUGGCUGGCCGGUGGGUGGUCUGGGGGCGGACUACACGAACUGUGUCACCACAUGAGAUGCUACUUGGGUGCCGCCGUGUCGGGGCGCACCGCCACAGGCACUCAGGCAUGCCAUAGAAUGACCUUAGGCUGCGACCCGGGCUUGCACCGCAAGGCAGGUGGCGGGCGGUGGGGCCGGGUGUGGGCUGGGGGCCGACGGCACGAACCGAUGUCACCACCUGCGAUGCUACCUGGGCGUGUUUGCGUCGGGGCACGCUGACACAGGCACCCAGACAUGCCGCUUGAUGUCCUGAGGCUGCUGCUUGGUCUUGCACCGUCAAGGCUGGUGGCGCAGGCGUGCUGGCGCCGUGGCUGGGGUGGGUGGGUGUUAAGGUGGGGGUGUGAGCUGGAAGCGGACGGCACGAACCGUAUCACCACCUGCGAUGCUACCUGGGUGCUGCCGUGUCGGGGCACACCACCACAGGCACCCAGGCAUUGCAUUGAUUGUCCUAAGGCUGCUGCUUGGGCUUGCACCGUCAAGGCAGGUGGCGCAGGCGCGUGGGUGCCGUGGCGGGGUGGGGGUGGGGGCUGGGGUUGGGGGCAGGGGGCCGACGGCACGAACCGAUGUCACCACCUGCGAUGCUACCUGGGCGUGUUUGCGUUGGGGCACGCUGACACAGGCACCCAGACAUGCUACUGGAUAUCUUGAGGCUGCUGCUUGGUCUUGCACCGUCAAGGCUGGUGGCGCAGGCGUGCUGGCGCCGUGGGCGGUGCUGGGGGCUUGGGGCGAACAUCACGAACCGAUGUCACCACAUGCAAUGCUACCUGGGCGAACCCGAGUCAGAGCAAGCCGCCACUGGCACCCAGGCAUGUCACUAGGUGUCCUGAGGCUGCGAUUCGGGCUUGCACCGCAAGGCAGGUGGCGGGCAGCGGGGCCGGGUGGGGCUGGGGGCUGGGGGCGAGCAUCACGAACCGAUGUCACCACAUGCGAUGCUACCUGGGCGCAACCGAGUCGGGGCAAGCCGCCACAGGCUCCCAGGCAUGCCGCUUGAUGUCCUGAGGCUGCUGCGUGGGCUUGCACCGUCAAGGCAGGUGGAUCAGGCGUGUGGGCGCCGUGGGUGGGGCGGUGGGUGGGGGUCGGGGCUGGGGGGCGGGAGGCAUGAACCGUAUCGCCACCUGCGAUGCUACCUGGGUGCCGCCGUGUCGGGGCACACCACCACAGGCACCCAGGCAUGUCACUGGUUGUUCUGAGGCUGCUGCUUGGGCUUGCACCGUCAAGGCAGGUGGCGCAGGCGCGUGGGUACCGUGGCGGGGCCGGGUGGGGGUGGGGCGUCGGGGCUGGGGGCGGACAGCACGAACCGUAUCGCCACCUGCGAUGCUACCUGGGCGCACCCGCGUCAGGUCACACCAGCGUAGGCACACCGGCAUGCCGCUAGAUGUCUGGAGGCUGCUGCGUGGGUUUGUACAGUCAAGGCAAGUUGCGCAGGCGUGUGGGCACCGUGGCUGGCCGGUGGGUGGGCGUCGGGGCUGGGGGCGGACUGCACGAACUGUGUCACCACAUGAGAUGCUACUUGGGUGCCGCCGUGUCGGGGCAAGCCACCACAGGCACCCAGGCAUGCCACUGAAAUACCCGAGGCUGCGACCCGGGCUUGCACCGCAAGGCAGGUGGCGGGCGGCGGGGCCGGGUGGGGGUGGGGGCUGGGGGCCGACAACACCAACCGUGUCACCAUGAGAUGCUACCUGGGCGCACCCGAGUCCGGGCAAGCCGCCACAGGCACCCAGGCAUGCCGCUUGAUGUCCUGAGGCUGCUGCGUGGCUUGCACCGUCAAGGCAGGUGGUGCAGGCGUGCUGGCGCCGUGGCUGGGGUGGGUGGGCGUUGGGGUGGGGGUGUGGGCUGGAAGUGAACGGCACGAACCGUAUCACCACCUGCGAUGCUACCUGGGUGCCGCCUUGUCGGGGCACACCACCACAGGCACCCAGGCAUUGCAUUGAAUGUCCUGAGGAUGCUGCGUGGGCUUGCACCAUCAAGGCAGGUUGCGCAGGCGUGUGGGCGCCGUGGCUGGCCGGUGGGUGGGCGUCGGGGCUGGGGGCGGACUACUGCACGAACAGUGUCACCACAUGAGAUGCUACCUGGGCGCACCCACGUCAAGGCACACCGCCACAGGCACCCAGGCAUUGCAUUGAUUGUCCUAAGGCUGCUGCUUGGGCUUGCACCGUCAAGGCAGGUGGCGCAGGCGCGUGGGUGCCGUGGCGGGGUGGGGGUGGGGGCUGGGGUUGGGGGCAGGGGGCCGACGGCACGAACCGAUGUCACCACCUGCGAUGCUACCUGGGCGUGUUUGCGUCGGGGCACGCUGACACAGGCACCCAGACAUGCUACUGGAUAUCUUGAGGCUGCUGCUUGGUCUUGCACCGUCAAGGACCGUGGGGCCGUGGGCGGAGCUGGGGGCUGGGGGCGAACAUCACGAAUCGAUGUCACCACAUGCAAUGCUACCUGGGCGAACCCAAGUCGGAGCAAGCCGCCACUGGCACCCAGGCAUGUCACUGGUUGUCCUGAGCCUGCGAUUCGGGCUUGCACCGCAAGGCAGGUGGCGGGCAGCGGGGCCGGGUGGGGCUGGGCGAACAUCACGAACCGAUGCCACCACAUGCAAUGCUACCUGGGCGAACUCGAGUCGGAGCAAGCCGCCACUGGCACCCAGGCAUGUCACUAGGUGUCCUGAGGCUGCGAUUCGGGCUUGCACCGCAAGGCUGGUGGCGGGCAGCGGGGCCGGGUGGGGCUGGGGGCUGGGGGCGAACAUCACGAACCGAU